GGGUCGUUCGAUGUAGGCGAAUUCUUGAUCGUUGAACUUUGAGCUUGAGAAUUUUACAGAUAUUAUUUAUACUCUAACAACAACAUUACACACCAACUAAAGUUUAAAACAUGGGAUCACGAAGAACAGGACCUUUAAAGUUUACAAUGUAUUUAAUAUGAUUGAAUGAAUAAUACGAUACACAAGAUUACUCCGUCAUCAUGACCUAUUAUGAACAUUAUGUUAAACAUCUAACAGGUCAAUCUGCUUUGAAUGAAUUCCUUGUUGAUGACUGUCAUUACCGAUCAUAUCCUCCUCCUUAUUGGGAGGUAACACAUAUUCUCAACUCAUCCUCAUACUUUUAGUUUUGUUUCUACUUAAAUGUGUAGUUAAUCUCACUAUAGAUGUGCUGUGGCUUAUACAAAGCGUUGACCAUUAGACUCUUACAGAACCAUGCCUCAUCUCUUGAAUCUUCUGUUGCUGUUUUGUCUUUUCAGCGAAACCAGCCCUAUACUUGUGAUAGGGAUAAAGGGUGACAGGGUUGUAUUCUCCUGUGGAUAUGAGGGCAGUGAGAUUCCUGAUGUUGUUUUGAGUCGGUCAGGAAUCAUAGAUGUGUGUGAGACUGAAGAAUGUAGAGGACGAGUGUUUAAAGAAGGAAACUGUGACGUCGUCAUCAAGAAUCUGAUCUUCAGUGACGCUGGGAAAUACACUUUGAGAAUCUAUUACAAUAAUGGCUUGGAGCCACAAAUCAAGAUUUACCAACUUUGUGUUGAUGAUGAGGUCUCUGUGAACAUGGGUGAGCAGCUGAAGUUAGAUGUUCUGUUGUCAGAAGCUGAUAAAGUGCAGCAUCAGAGCAGAAGAAGCACAGAGUGGAUGAAGGUCUGGAGCAGAAGUGAAGGAAUUCAGAGCCAAAGAAUCAGCAUCACAGAUAGAAACCUGAUCAUUAGUAACUUUACAGCCAGAGACGCAGGAACAUAUGAGGUUCUGGACUCUGAAGGAGAAAUAUUGAUCAUGGUGAAAGUCAAAGCAUCUGCAAAAACAGGCUCAAAGGGAAAACUAAAUAACACAAAUGAUGACACCGAAGAACAUAAUCCCUGCCUUCUACCUGAAGAGCUUCAGGUUGUCCAGGUUGGACUGUCUGUGUUUUUUCUGAUCCUGGUUGCUGUUAAACGAAGACAGAUACUUCGCCAUCUGAACAUUGUUUGAUUGUAACUUGUCUUCAGAGCCAGCAGAUGUGCCGAGGAUUCUGUCAACGUAUUUCUGCAUAACAUUUACAGUGAUGUGUCUCUACGCACAAUAACACAGCGUUAAAUCAGUACAAUGCUUUUAGACCAAAUAUGAAGUUAUCGUAUUCUGUAAAUGUUAAGUGCAUUGUAUAAUUUAAGAAACCAAUAAUGCAGGUCAAAAGUAGCAUUGCUAAAUUUGUUUAUUAAUUUAUUAAGCUUAUUUUUAAUGUAUAAUAAGCUAGGCUGUUGUAAAUUAAAUGUGUGAGGCUUCCGGUUUCAUUCAUUUCCAGUUAUUCAUAGCAGUAUAAAACCACUAGUUAUGCUGCCGGAUACUGCAAACUGGUGUUUAUUAUCAUAUUAUUUUAAAUGCAUUGUCAUAAUUAUAAACACACUGUUUUGUAACAUUUUCUGCACUUUGAUU